AUGCGAAGAGUGGGCCAGGUAACCUAUGAGUUAGAUCUCCCUUCAGACUUAGAGUCGAUACGUCCGAUUUUCCAUGUGCCUAUGCUUCACAAGUGUAUUAGAGAUCCAUCCAGGGUUGUACCUGUUGAUGAUGUACUGAUUACAGAGCCGCUAUCAUAUGAGGAAGUCCUUAUUGCCAUCUUGUAUCGACAGGUUCAUAGGUCGAGAACCAGCAUCGGUAAGGUACUUUGGAGAAACAAGAAUGUUGAGGAGAUGACUUGGGAAGGUGAGGAAGAUAUGAAGUCUAGACAUCCUCAUUUAUUUCCAGCUUCAGAGCAGAUACAGACUACAGCACCAUCAUCUUCUGGUUGGUAG